AUUAAUGUUUCUUGGUGUCUGGUGGGCGUGUUUUGGAGGGGUCGUCCGGUGAACUCGCAGCACAUCUAGCUUUCCCUACUCGCCGGUCGGCAGCAAGGUGUGGAGAUGGAGACCGCGGAAACAGAGAUCAGUUUCUUGGCCCCCGUUCUGAAUCUGGGACAUCCAAUGGGUGGAGCGAGCCGCCAGAUUCACCAGAUUCGCCGGGUUUUGCAAGGCACCCGGGAGCACUGGGCACAGUUCGAGAGGUCGCCGAAGAUGACCCCGGCGGUCGUUUUGCAGAUUUAUUAGAUACAGUCGAAGGUGUUCUAUGCCCAGACGGCAGCGAUUCGGAUGAGAAGAUGGGCAGCAGGGCGGAGAACGCAUAUGUAGCUCUGGACGACAAAGUUGGCUGGGUUAGCAGGAAAUGGAGGGAUGUCAUGCCAGACGAACGAGCAACAAGUGCAGACAGGGUUACCACGCUAGAAAAAGCACUAACUGGGUUUGCGGACAGGGAUUCGGAAUCAGUUGUGGCUCCGUCCGUUGGGCUGACAUUUGACUCUGUAAAUGAGGCAUAUGAGUUCUACAACCUGUACUCCCGGGAGUCUGGAUUUGGUGUUCGAUAUGCAAAGAACAGGACCAAUGUAAAAGGGACGAAAUGCAUGCAGGAGUUCGUGUGCUGCUGCUCGGGCAAACCAAAAGAAGUAAAUUCGAAAUCGACACGAUGUCAAUGCCAGGCCAUGAUAAGGCUUCUCCGAACAGACGACCAAGGAUGGUACAUCAACGAAUUCAGGUCCAAUCACAACCACCCCAUGCUGAACACUUGUGCUGAGAAGUUGCAUUUCCCAUCACAUAGGCAUAUUGACAAAUACACGCGUGAGUUUGUUUCCCAACUGAGACAGAACAAUAUAGUAUAAUCGCAACCUUUUUUGGUAGAGUUGAGAAUGUGCCGUUCACCAAAAGAUGUUUAAGAACUCUGUGUGGAAAGCUUAGCAGGGAGCAAGCUGAUGACGAUGUGCGAAAGACGAUGGCUAUUUUUUCAGAAAUGAAAGCACAAGAUAGCGAGUUCACGUACAAUGUUCAGGUAGAUGAUAAGAGUAGGAUACGGACCCUUAUGUGGACGAAUGGGCGUAGCAAAACACAGUACCAUCACUUUGGUGACGUUAUCACCUUUGACACGACAUACAAAACAAACCUGUAUGAUAUGCUUUUUGGUCUGUUCAUGGGGGUGAAUAAUCAUUUUGAGAGCGUUCUUUAUGCGGGUGUUUUGAUGCGAGACGAGACCGAGGAUACGUUCAAAUGGAUUUUUGAUGAGUUCGUGAAGAUGAUGGGUGGUAAAAAACCAAUUACAAUAUUAACAGAUCAAGCUAGAGCCAUGGAAAAAGCCAUCGAGGAGGUGUAUCCCGAAUCCACGCAUCGUUGGUGCAAAUGGCACGUACCGAAGAAGGCCAAAGAAAACUUGGGUGCUCAUUACACCAAGAAGUCAGAUUUCGGGGCAGAAUUCCACAAGCUUGUUCAUGAGAUGCUGACUAUUGAUGAAUUCGAGGACGGCUGGGCAACACUUCUUGACAAAUAUUCACUGAAAACGAAUCCAUAUCUCACGCAGAUAUACGAGACUAGGGAGAAGUGGGCAAAACCUUACUUUGCCGAGAAAUUUUGUGCUCGCCAAACCAGCACUGGCAGGAGUGAGAGUGCAAACCAUAUGUUGAAGCAGUAUGUCCCCCCGUCAUGCUCCAUGAAUCUUUUUGUCAAGCAAUACAACAAGCUCCAGUUCGAUCGAGAACAGGAGGAAGGUUUCCAGGAGAAACGUACGAGAUUGAAUCGUGCUGUGCUGAAGGUGAAUACCGCUCUUGAAGUCCACGCGAGCAAGAUAUAUACCAGGAAGAUGUUUGAGAUUUUUGGGGGCAUACUGUAUGAAUCUAGAAGGUAUGAUGUCGAAGAAAUCAUAGAGAAGCAAAAGUACAUAGUGACACACCGGAAAGCUGAGCACCGUGAGAAGUGGUUCAUGUGCCGUUUUGAGUUUAACGUGUCGGAUAACCUUGGUUAUUUUUCGAGCAUCUGCGGCCUGUUUGAGCACAUGGGCAUGGUUUGUUGUCACUCGUUGCAGGUGAUGGUUUUGCUGCGUCUGAAGCAGAUACCUCCGAGGCACAUAUUGAAAAGGUGGAGCAUACACGGUAGAGACAACCUACCGGGGCAUCUGAAGCACUAUCAACAAGACAUGGGUCAGCCGGAUGCGCCUACUUCCAGGCAUUCUGCUCUGUACAUCACUGCCCUGGAGGUUGGAAAUAUGGGUGACAGGAACCCGGCUGCUUUUGAGUUUAUGAUGUCGGGCCUGGUUGAACUUAGAACAAGAGGCGCUGAGGUAUGCGCGUUCAACGACGGACUGGGCGUCGUUGAGCAGCAGGUAUCCAACAAUGUAGUUGCUGGAGGUCCGAGGUCAAAGUAUGUCGACGGCAAGACAACUUGCUCAGUAAGAAGUGUGGAAGGCAAUCGCACCAAUUCACGUGAUGCCACGUUGGUGCCUGUGCAUCCUCCAAUGAAUCAGGCCUCAGAUUUCCCCGAAGCCGCGUCACGUCUAAUGCACAAUGAUGAACAAGAAUUGCUUGCACCAGAAAGAAACAACAAACGUGGCCGACCAACCACUAGCCGUGACAAAGCUCCUUAUGAGAAGGACAUCGCGAAAAGGUCUAGGUUCUAUUCCAUCUACAGGGGCAAAGGGCACAAAGCCAGUACUUGCCCUGAUCGAGGUGACAUGCCAAAAAGGAAAGGAAGGUGGCCACAAGCGGCAAAUGCGGGGUUCCAGGCCACCGAAGGACGACUUGCAGCAAGCCACUCGUGUCGAUGAUGCCCGGAGUCCCUCCUUCACAUUAGAUGAUGAAUGUGCUACGCUGAUUCGCCCGUUUACCAUUUGGUUAUGUGUGGGUCAUGUUGACUGGACGUCUUUAGAUGCACAAUUUCCAACCCCUGCAGUUUUUUAUUUUUUACCCAUGAUGAAUAUGUGUCUCCGUUUGGCCGUGCUAUAUCGAAAUGUAUGGAUGAAACCCCAAAAUUAAAGACUCCUACAG